AUGGACGACAUCAUCCCGGGUUUCGAAGGCCGUGUUCUGGUCGUGGCCAACCGUGUGCCCAUCUCCAUAAAGACCACUCCAGAAGACGACUUCGAGUACAGCAUGUCCUCCGGGGGUCUCGUGUCCGGGCUGAAGGCGUUGUCCAAGGCGAUUGACUUCAAGUGGUUCGGCUGGCCGGGCAUCGAUGUACACCGCAACGACAAGGACAAAGUACGUCGCCACCUGCAAGACAACUUUAACGCCGUUCCCAUAUUCCUGCCAGAUAAGCUAGCCGAAAUGCAUUACAACGGCUUCUCAAACUCAAUAUUGUGGCCGCUGUUACAUGGAAUGCCAGAAAAGGCUGGCUCGGAUGAGAGGUGGUCACAAGCAUACCAAGAAGUCAACGAGGUCUUUGCCGACAACAUCCUUCCCUACGUGGAGGACAACGACAUUAUCUGGGUCCACGACUACCACCUCCUGCUCCUCCCGGGCAUCCUGCGUGAGCGGCUGCAAAAGAAGAAGAAUCUCAAGAUCGGAUUUUUCUUGCACACUCCCUUCCCCACCGAAGACUAUUUUACUAUUCUGCCGUUUCGGGAGGAGAUUUGCAGGAGUUUGCUCCUCUGUGACGUGGUGGGUUUUCAUACGAACGAGUACGCCAAAGGCUUUCUGGAGAGCGCCCGCAUCGUGCUCGAGGGGGUGUCGAAGUCUCCGAGUGACCUACAUUGGAAAGGACGGAAGGUAAUCGUCCAUGGCUUUCCCCUUGGCAUUGAAGCGGACGAGUGGAAACAGAAUUUGGAGGCAGACGCCGUCAAACAGGCAGUGGCGGAGCUGCGUGAUAAGUUUGGCGAGCAGAAGAUCAUUCUCGGAGUCGACAGACUCGACUAUAUCAAGGGCAUCCCGCAGAAAUUGCGUGCCUUUGAUCGUUUUCUGACCGACCACCCUGAGUGGGUGGGAAAGGCGGUCAUGGUUCAAUUGGCCAUUCCCACACGAGGGGAAGUGGACACGUACCGAAAGCUGCGGGAGGAGGUCGAGCAACUUGUCGGACGCAUCAAUGGCAAACACGCAACAUUCGGACACACGCCGAUCCAGUACAUGUACCGGUCCGUGGAGCCGGAGCAGCUUUGCGCCCUGUACGCAGUGUCGGACGUGUGCAUCAUCUCCUCCGUAAGAGACGGCUUGAACCUGGUAAGCUACGAAUACGCGGCGUGUCAGGAAGAGCGCAAGGGCGUCCUGAUGAUGUCGACGUACGCGGGGGCGAUCAAGACGCUGCCGUCGGAUUCGGUCAUCCUCCUCAACCCCUGGGACACGCCCCGUUUUGCCGAGCGCAUCAACCAGGCCGUGAAUAUGGGCAUGGACGAGCGGGCGCAGCGGCACAGACAGAUGAUGCAGGUAGUGGAUACGUGGACGAGCGUCAAAUGGGGCAAAGCCUUCCUCCAGACCAUGAUGACCAUGGACAUGCCGCACGACCCCGAGAUGCCCGACCACGACCCGGUGGAGCAGUGGACGUCAGACGUCCCGGACUCGGAGACGGGCAAGAUUCAACCCUAG